AUGUCGCCCUCGGUGCAGAACAGUCACUUCAAGCUGCUCCAGCAGUUCAAGCCUGAUUACUCGCCGAGCGAGUUCACUCAGUAUGAAUCACAGCGCACUGGCAUGAGAGUAGUCGUUAUCGACCAGCCGGGUCCCAAAGUGAACGGUUACUUCGUGCUUGCUACCGAAAUCCACGAUGAUUCGGGUGCUCCUCAUACUCUGGAGCACUUGUGCUUCAUGGGUUCCCGUAAUUACCGCUACAAGGGCUUCCUGGACAAGCUGGCUACUCGCGUGUACUCCAGUACCAAUGCCUGGACGGCAACUGAUCACACUGCCUACACACUGGAUACCGCAGGCUGGGAAGGUUUUGCUCGUAUCCUGCCAGUCUACCUGGAGCAUGUGAUUGCUCCUACUCUGACUGACGAAGGCUGCUACACUGAAGUCCACCACGUCGACGGCUCUGGAAACGAUGCCGGUGUCGUGUAUUCCGAGAUGCAGGGUGUGCAGAACAACGCCGCUGAGCUGAUCGACCUAGCAGCCCGACGAUUGACCUACCCGCCUGGCGUGGGCUUCCGCUAUGAGACAGGAGGUAUGAUGGAACAGCUUCGAAUCUUACCUGCGGAACGAAUUCGCGAGUUCCAUCGUGAGAUGUAUCAGCCCAAGAACCUGUGCCUGAUCCUCACCGGAGAAGUCGACCAGAACGACAUGCUGGAGAUCUUGGAUAAGUUCGAAGAUACUAUCUUGGAUGUCAUUCCUAGCCCAAACGCACCAUUCAAGAGACCUUGGGUGGAUUCCAAGCAGGCUCCCUACUUGGAGAAGUCCGUCAUUCAGAGGGUUGAGUUCCCCGAGGAGGACGAAUCAUUUGGUGAAAUCGAAAUUCGAUUCAUGGGACCCGACUGCACAGAUCCCAUCCUAUCCGGGGCUCUUAAUGUGUCACUUUUGUACCUGGCCGGUUCAUCUGCAGCUCUGCUAGAGAACAUCAUUGUUGAGAAGGAACAACUCGCCAGUGCCGUUUACUACGCAACUGAGGAUCACCCUAGCAUGGAGCUUCGUUUCACGUUGACCAGCGUGGAAACAGCGAAGUUGGAGAGCGUUGAGAAGAGAUUCUUUGAGAUCCUCCAAGAUGCGAUGGCUAAGGAAUUAGACCUGAAGUACUUGAAAGAGUGCAUCGCCCGACAGCGCCGAACCUGGAAGUUCUCGACUGAAUCUUCUGCCUCUUCAUUCGCAGAGUACGUUAUCUCUGAUUUCCUGUUCGGAAAGCGUGAUGGCUCGACUUUGAUGGAUGUCGCAACUCUGAAGGAAUAUGAUGUCCUUGAGACCUGGUCCGAGGACCAAUGGCGCUCUUUCAUCAAGAAAUGGAUCUCGGAUGCAGCCCAUGUCACUAUCUUGGGUAUCCCAUCACAGAAGAUGGCCGCCACACUGAAAAAGGACGAGGAGGACCGGGCAGCUGCGCAGAAGGAGCGUCUCGGCGAGAAGGGCCUGAAGGAGCUUGCCGACAAACUCGAAAAGGCCAUGGCAGAAAACGACAAGGAGAUUCCACAGGAAUUGCUGGAAGAGUUCACUAUCCCCGGAACCGAGUCAAUCCACUUUAUGGAGACUACUACGGCUCGUUCGGGUGCUGCCCUGAAGGCUGGACGCCCCGACAACAAGAUCCAACCCCUUGUUGAUGCCGACAAGUCUGACCAGUCCCUUUUCAUCCACUUCGAGCACAUCCCUAGUAGCUUUGUCCAGCUUUCGGUUCUCAUCUCAGCUGAUGCUGUGCCCGUUCAGUUGCGUCCAUUGCUGUCCAUCUACACCGAGGCGUUUUUCAACAUUCCGGUGCAGCGUGAUGGCAAGGUAAUUGACUUUGAGCAGGUCGUGGUGGAAUUAGAGAGAGAUACCGUCGGAUACUCGAUGGAGACCGCUCGCGGUCUUGGAAACUCAGAGAUGCUCCGUAUCUCCUUCCAGGUCGAGCUGGAGAAGUAUGCGAACGCCGUCGCCUGGCUGCAGGAGCUGUGCUGGAAGUCCGUCUUCAACGUGGAGAGACUCCAGGCUAUCAAUACCCGUCUUUUAGCAGAUGUGCCCGACUCCAAGCGCAGUGGUGACGACAUGCUUGCUGCUGCACAUGUGAUGGUUCACUACGCAGAAGAAUCGAUCACCCGUGCUCGUUCUACUCUAGUUAAGGCUCGCUACCUCAAGCGCGUCAAGCGUCUUCUCGCCGAGAAGCCCGAGGAAAUCGUAAGCCGCAUGGAGGAGAUCCGCAACUCUCUCUUCCAGCCCGACAAUGUGCGCAUCAUUGUCAUUGCCGAUCUCGAGAAACUCCAGAACCCCGUCUCGGCCUGGAAGCCCUUCGCCGAGACCCUGGGCACUAGCACUGAGUUGCGGCCUAUCACUGACCGGCGAUCCCGGCUGAGCGAUGCUGGCAAGAACAUUGGUGGCAAGUCUUACAUUGUCCCCAUGCCGACUGUCGACUCGUCUUUCGCCUACGCCACCGCCCGCGGUCUGGACUCGUACGAUUCCCCGGGCCUUCCCGCACUCCUGGUCGCGAUUUCGUACAUGAACGCCGUCGAGGGUCCCCUCUGGGUUGCAGUCCGCGGCACUGGGCUGGCGUACGGCACCCAUUUCAGUUACAACAUCGACACUGGCUUUGUGAACUUCGAUGUGUACCGGUCCCCGAACGCGCACAAGGCAUUCGAGUCUAGCAAGCAGAUUGUUGAGAACUAUCUGUCCGGUACUACGCCUUUCGAUCCUUUGAUGCUCGAGGGUGCCAUCAGCAGCAUCGUGGUCAACUACGCCAAUGAGCAGAUGACUGCCGCCAAUGCUGCCCAGGGCAGUUUCAUCCGCCAGGUCGUGCGCAACUUGCCCAGCGACUAUAAGGAGAAGAUGCUCAAGAAUGUGCGCGCUAUCACCACCGACCAAAUCAAGGGUGCUCUGCGUGAGAUUAUCUUGCCGUUGUUCGAUCCGAAGACUGCAAACCUCGUUGUCACCUGCGCGACUGUGUUGGAAGAGACCAUCAAGCAGGGCUUCGAAACUUCCGGCUUCACUCCCACAGUUCAGGCUCUUAAGGAAUUCGAGGACGACUAUGGUCUGAAGGUUGGCGAUGAGGAAGAAGUCGAGGAUGAUGACGAUGAUGACGAGGACUCCGAGACUGGAUCGGAGGAUGGCGAAGACGAACGCGACGAGUGA